UGUUUACGUCUGUCACUCCAGCUUCGACGACAGAUGAUGACGUAUGGGUGUUGUCCCAUCGCAAAGGGGCAACUAUUUGAACACGGCAUUUGUUAUUCCCUUACGUGAGUUAACGCUUGGAAAUGGAGUUUCGGCGAAAUGCGUAUAAGACUACACGGACUCGUAUUUGUUGUUGUUGUUAUUUUGAGGAUGUAAUGCAAAUGGGGAAAGUUGUGUGCUAGCUAGCCUAGCAUGCUAACGGUCAACGAGGAAACCUAGUUAUGUUCGUAACUUCUGAGUCUGACCGGGGUAGUAUAAAACCUAUUUUUAUUCUCUUAUGGAACGUGUUAACCCUCACUUCAGGUGUUUAACAACUGCGGUUUUGGUCUAAUUUAUUCCACAGCGACCGUAGUAGUUCAUUAGCUCGCUCGUUAGCACCUAUCUUUGGAAGAAUGAACAGAAAAUACAAAUAUAAAGAAGCAGAAGUCAGCUGCUGCGUCAAAUACUUCCUAUUUGGAUUCAAUAUUCUAUUCUGGUUACUGGGAGCAGCAUUCCUUGCCAUAGGCCUGUGGGCAUGGGCGGAGAAGGGCGUGCUGUCCAAUCUGUCAUCCAUCACAGAUCUUGGGGGUUUCGACCCCGUUUGGCUCUUCAUUGUUGUCGGAGGGGUCAUGUUCGUGCUGGGCUUUGCUGGAUGCAUUGGAGCACUGCGGGAGAACACGCGCCUGCUUAAAUUUUUCUCCGUGUUCCUGGGUUUGAUCUUCUUCCUGGAACUCGCUGCAGGAAUUCUCGCCUUCGUCUUUAAGGAUUGGAUCAAAGACCAGCUCAACUUCUUCAUUAACAACAAUAUCAAGGCUUACCGCGAUGACAUCGACUUGCAGAAUCUCAUUGACUUCGCCCAGGGAUACUGGUCAUGCUGUGGCGCUCACGGGCCUGAUGACUGGAAUUUGAACAUGUACUUCAACUGCACUGAGCAGAACCACAGCAGGGAGCGCUGUGGUGUCCCUUUGUCUUGCUGUGUCAAAGACCCUGUGGGUGUCGUCAACACGCAGUGUGGUUAUGAUGUGCGACGUGAAGAGGUAGGCAAGAAGCUGGACCAACAAAAAUACAUCUACACCAAAGGCUGUGUGGGGCAAUUUGAAAAGUGGCUGCAGGACAACCUCAUUAUUGUUGCUGGCACCUUUGUCGGGAUCGCACUUUUGCAGAUUUUUGGAAUCUGCCUCGCUCAAAACCUGGUGAGCGACAUCAAAGCUGUCAAAGCCAACUGGUGACCAGAGAGGUGACAUGAGGAGUCCCUCAGAAGCCCUUGCAGGUCCAUGAGGCAACCCUCCUGUCUGAUGUGUAACUGCUCUGAGCUCGUUAGCACAUCUGUAUAGCUAUAUAUUUUUUUGAUAGUCCCUCCCUGCCUAUCCCUUCUCAGACAAAUGCGUUCAUGGCAAGACGUUGCACAUGGAUGCUUGUCAGAUGGGAGAUUAAAAGCCACCGAGGGGACGCCGACAAAGGAAAAUAUGACCCCUUUCUUUCGGUCAAGUGUGACAUUGUCAUUUUUUUUGCCACUCAGUAAGGGAUACGUCACUCUGUUUUUCUUCUCAUUGGUGACCCCUGAAUUGUGGUAGGCCAAGCCUGACGCGUGAGAUGUCUCAGCACAUUUAAAGCCCAAGUCCAAAGGUAAAAAGUGCUAUUAAUUUCCUGCGUUUGUCCUCCUGUCUGAAACGAGCCCGCAAUACCGCAGUGCAUUGGUGAAAAUCGAUUUUGUUGGCCUUGCUGAAAAUAUAUUUUGUUUUCCGUCCGUGUGUGGUGAAUUACAAUGGCCAUACUUCAUACACAGACUAAUCGCUUUUGGAACCUAUAUGGAGACAUGCAGUUGGUAAGCCACCGUAGCCAACACACUUUUUGUGUCUCUCACAGCAUCCGUCAGGCACACAGGAUUGCUGGUUUUGGCCCUUUUACCACAUUUGUCUUAUGCUUAAAUGCUAUCUUUAACAAUGUGUUUUAGCUUUUAUAUUCUUCUUUCAUAUAGCUAUAUGUAUAGAGAUUGAAACCCCCCCGAGUGUUUUAUUAAACCAAGCAGUUGGCAACAGAGUGGCAAAUUGUUUUCGUCUGACCACAUCAUAUCAGUCACCCACAAGCAAAACUUUUCAAUGUUGUUAUUGUUCAAAGAGCUGACAUUAGUCAUUUGCAUUGCGAGAUACUGGUAGGCACAAUGUGAAUUUACCGUCCCUUUUAAUUUGGGGAAACAGUUUACAGGAGAAUGAACGUAGUUGUAAGAAGAUAAAGCAUUUGUCAUCUGUGCGGUCAUGUCGAUUUUUUUGGGAUAGGUUAAAUAGAUUAGAAAACUCGGAUAUUACAUUAGAAUCUUAUCAAUAUGAUCUGAAUGCUGCUCGAACAUGAACGAGAUUAUGACAGUUGUCGUGUAGUACCAAGCCCUUGUCAUUUCCCAGUGUUAUUGGACUCAGACUCAUGACUUGUUCAGAUGAUUUGUUUCAAAUUGCGCCUCAGCCAUUUGUCUCAUCUCAUCUCGUCUCGAGCUGCUGGUUUUAUCUGAGGAGCAGCGCCUCGUCCCACCUGUCAGCAGACCAUCACGCCACGUAGGUUGUCAACAUGGCGAGAUGAAUGUGUCUCUUUGCAAAAGUCAUACUGCACUCUGUCAACAUGUUGGUGGGAUAUGCACAAGUAUAACCCCCCCCCCCCCCCAUCCCCUAAAAAAGAAAGUAACAUGAAAAAUGAGCCGCCUUAAUAUUCUGGGAACAGCACAGCAAGACUUUUUACCUGUGGAAAUACGUAUCUGGAAUUUCACGCAGUGUGAUCUGAAGCGGUGUGCGCGUCCCACAUGGCACGCUCGCCUACGCGCCCGUGUUUGGUCGCCUGUCAUCCAGAUAUAUUUUUACACGCUUCGGUUGUUUGAACUAGUCUCACGGCAAGUUAGUUGUUUUCAAACGAAAUUCUCACCAUGUCUCAGUGCUGAUAAAUGCUUUUUCUGAGCUUUUAAGCGCAUCAAACACAGAUGCGGUGUUUGCCUGAUGUGACAGUUGUGUUUACUUUGAAUCAACGAUCUCAGAUCUUGAGUUUGAUCUUCUUCAAGCGCAAUGAAAUCAGUCACGAGUAGCUUUGUUCCGAAAGCUCUUGAACCUAAGCGUUUGGCUCAGGGUUUGAAACACCCUUUCCCCAUGUCACGUUUUGGUAGGAGUGUGUAGGUGUGUUUAGAAGAGGAGGACCUCUGGGGAUACGUUACCUUUAUAAAUGUGGCAGAUAUGCAGCCAUACAGUCCAAUGGCUAAUGUAGCAGCAUUUUUCUGGAUCCUUUAAAGUUGGGCUUGACUUGUUCCCACUCCUUGACAAGCCCAGCCCACCCCCACACAUUUCCAAAGAGCGUUCUUUCUGCAUUGUCCUUUUAUCAUAAAGGCCUUGCAUAAACGAGCUUGUUAAUUCCUCAGCUUUCCCGGUGGACAUUUAAAUCAUUCCCAUGAAGGUGCCUUAUGCAUCCCAUGAAUGUCUAAGUGGGAAACGACAUGCACCUAGCACACGCUCCUCACAACUCAAGUUAGCUUUAUGCAAUGCACAGCACAAAUGAGGAGUGUGAAUAGAGAGGUCCUGUCAGUGAAGUGUGUGUGUGUGUGUUUUUUUUCCUUGUCUAGAUUUAAGAAUGAGAACAUUCCGUUACUUACAUUUCCAGACAUUGACAUUUAUGUUUUGCAAAGAAGCCAUUGUUGUCCCAGACUUUAUCCAUCAAAGUGUCUGUCAGAAAAUGGGCUGUUAGAAACAGGAGCAUCAUUGUCAUCUUCAGGUGCAUUUUACCUCACCAUUUUACCCCCCCACCAAUAUUGUUGUUAACAAUAGAAAGGCCCUCGAUCACGCGGGCCUCAGAGGUCUCAACGCUUGUGUCAGUAAUCAAGUGUAAAUGAUCUGGAAUUCACUCUCAAGAAGCAUCCUAUAAUGCAUGCAUCUUUUGGCUUUACAGAAACCACUGAACAUUGUAAACAUAACUCCGGUGAUGGCCUUAUUAAUAAAUCAUGUCGACGAAUAUGAAAACUGUGGGACAUGGUCUGUUACACUGUAUAUUGUGUUGAAAUGUGCUUCUUUCAUAUAUUAAAGGAUUUAUAUCAUAA